AUGGAUGGAAAAUCAUUUCUUUUCUCAUGGUGUGCUAAAAGAAGUAUAACGCCAACAUAUGAUAUUCGUGCUACAGGUCCAAAGCAUAGACAACGAUUCCUGUGUGAGGUACGUGUAGAUGGUUUCACUUAUGUUGGUGCUGGCAAUUCAGUUACGAAGAAAGAAGCUCAGAAAAAUGCCUCCAAAGAUUUUCUUAAUUUCUUAGUAAGAUCAGGGGAGCUAAAUGCUUCAGACGUGCCUGUGGAUGUUGUAAAUAAACAAGAAACAGAAGAUGGCAACAAUCAAGGUUCUGCACAAUCCCAUCAACCAAAACCCGUAUUUCAGGAGGGAAUGGGCCCGCAAAGUAUGGGCCAAGCUUACCAUGCCAUUGGAGGCAACAGUAAAAACUUCACCUACAUAGAUCGUCUACAGCAACAGAAAAAUGUUGAAGAUGCGGAAGAUCUUGAUGUAAACGCUAGCCUCCAUGGCAACUGGACUAUGGAAAAUGCAAAAUCCAAACUACACCAGUUCAUGCAGAUCAAUAAAAUUAAUGCAGAUUAUAUGUACAAAGCUGUAGGGCCUGAUCACACACGGAGUUUUUGCUGCGAAAUGACAAUAUUUGUGAGGCAGUUGGGACGCAAUGUGACUGGAAGGGAAACCGCUUCCAACAAACAAACCGCCAGCAAGUCUUGUGCGCUGUCCAUCGUGCGUCAGUUGUAUCAUCUUGGAGUUUUAGAGGCGUUUAGCGGCACUCUGAAGAAAGACAAGUCAUCAGAAUGUCUGAUGAGACCAUACCCUGUUGCAAUAAGACCAGAUUUGGAAGAACAAAUUGAAGAGACUUUGCAAGAAUUGGGCAUUGAGCCAGUGAACAUAGAAGAGGCUGAGGCUAAUCAAAAUGCCCAAGAGGAGGGCCAAGAGGUAUCUGGAGGCAUUACGUUAUUGCAAGUUGACCGAGUGAAACAAAUGAGAGAAGCUCGGCCAACUCCUAGUGGUGUUGUGUCCUGGUCUCCACCACAGCCGAAUUGGAACGCAUGGAUGGGGUGUAAUAUUGAUGAGGGUCCAUUGGCGACUGCCAGCCUGGACGAUAUAAGCAGUGAUCUGGAGAAGCGUCACAGAGAGAAUUGUCAAAACAGCGAAAUGUAUCAGGAGAGCCUUAAAGAAAGGGAACAGCUACCAGUCUUCGCGAUGAAAAGCCAGAUAAUGGAGGCAAUCAACGAGAACCCUGUUAUCAUCAUCAGGGGCAACACUGGCUGCGGGAAGACUACGCAGGUGUGCCAGUUCAUCCUGGAUGAUUACAUCGCUAGCGGUCAGGGCGCCUGGGCGAACGUGUGCGUGACGCAGCCGAGGCGCAUCUCCGCCGUCAGCGUCUCGGAGAGGGUGGCCAGCGAGCGCUGCGAGGAGUUGGGCAACAGCGUCGGGUAUUCGGUGCGCUUCGAGUCUGUGCUCCCGCGUCCGUACGGCUCCAUACUGUUCUGCACGGUGGGCGUUUUGCUGCGCAAGCUAGAAGGCGGCCUGAGGGGAGUCAGCCAUGUGUUGGUCGAUGAGGUGCACGAGCGCGAUGCAGACACGGACUUCGCUCUGAUCCUGCUCCGCGACAUGGCGCACACUUACCCUGACCUGCGCAUCAUCCUGAUGUCCGCCACCGUGGACGUGACGCUGUUCAAGGGCUACUUCGGCGACUGCCCCGUCAUCGAGGUGCCGGGGCGUACGUAUCCCGUGGAGCAGUACUUCCUGGAGGACUGCCUUGAGAUCACCAAGUUCGUGCCGCCAGUGGACUCACGCAAGCGGAAAUCGUCCGGCCGAAGGGCCACCAGCAGGGAGGACGAAGAUGACGACGACGAAGGACUUGGGGAGGAGCCGGAAGAAGAUUUGAACAAAGCCAGCUUGGACGAGGGCAGCUACUCCGAGUUAACCAGAGAGACAAUGACCAAGUUGUCGGAGAAAGAUCUCAGUUUUGAACUGAUCGAAGCCCUUCUGAUAUACAUAAGAAACCUGGACGCCGACGGAGCAGUACUGGUCUUCCUGCCCGGUUGGAACUUUAUAUUCGCUCUGAUGAAACACCUGAUGCACAGCAAAAUAUUCGGUGACACCUCUCAGUACGUGAUACUGCCAUUACACAGCCAAAUACCAAGAGAGGACCAGAAGAAGGUCUUUCUGACCCCACCGCCCGGUCUGACUAAGGUGAUCCUGUCGACCAAUAUAGCCGAGACAUCGAUCACGAUCAACGACGUGGUCUACGUGAUAGACUGCUGCAAGGCCAAGAUCAAGCUGUUCACGUCGCACAACAACAUGACCUCGUACGCGACUGUCUGGGCGAGCCGCACCAACUUGGAACAGCGUAAAGGGCGGGCUGGUCGCGUCAGGCCCGGCGUUUGCUUCACGCUUUGCUCUCGAGCGCGGUACGAGAAACUCGACGAACACCAGACCGCAGAAAUGUUCCGCACUCCGCUGCACGAGCUGGCUCUCAGCAUCAAGCUGCUCCGGCUGGGCGCCAUCGGGCACUUCCUGUCGAAGGCGCCCGAGCCGCCGCCGCUGGACGCCGUCAUCGAGGCGGAGGCGCUGCUGCGCGAGCUCGGCUGCCUCGACGCUAGUGACGCGCUCACGCCGCUCGGCUCGAUCCUCGCCCGGCUGCCGAUCGAGCCGCGCCUGGGCAAAAUGAUGGUGCUUGGAUUUCUGCUCGGCGUGGGGGACGCGCUGACCACAAUGGCCGCCAAUUCCACCACCUUCCCGGAGAUCUUCGUGGUGGAGGGCCGCCGAAGGCUGUCCAUGCACCAACGCGCCCUGGCCGGCGAUAGGGCAUCUGACCACGUGGCAAUGCUCAAUGCAUACCAGAUGUGGGAGCGAGAGAGGGCAAAGGGCGAUGACGCAGAAAUUAGAUGGUGUGAUUGGAAAGGGGUCCAACAAACCACACUGCGGGUCACAAACGAAGCUAAAAAUCAACUGACUAACAUUUUGACAACGGUAAUCGGCUUUCCUGAGGAGUGCUGCAUCCCACAGAGGUGGAGCCCUAAUGGAAAUGAUCCAAUACUUGAUCAAGUGAUUGCAUUACUUUGCAUGGGAUUGUACCCUAAUGUAUGUUUACAUCAAGGCAAGCGAAAGGUUCUGACUACAGAAGGCAAACUGGCCUUAAUCCACAAGACAUCUGUGAACUGCAGCAAUCAAGAGCAGAAGUUCCCAUCGCCUCUAUUUGUGUUUGGUGAGAAAGUGAGGACGCGCGUGAUCAGCUGCAAGCAGACUACUAUGGUGGCGCCCUUGCAUUUAUUGCUAUUCGGCAGCAGGAAGGUUGAGUGGGUGGACAAUGUGGUCCGUCUGGACAACUGGCUGAACUUUGAGAUGUCUCCACGCACGGCGGCUCUAGUGGUCGCACUUCGGCCGGCCAUAGAGAAGCUGGUGGAGCGGGCUGCUGCAGAGCCCGAUGCAGCACUGCACUUCUCUGGGGUUGAGAACAAGGUAUUGCAUUGCCUUAAGGAGUUAUGCGUUUUCGAUGCUGGAGAUUAUAACAUUAUACGGGAUGUCAGCACGCCUACCUUUAGGAUGGAUGGAGCUAAAAGGGGUAGAGGUUGGUUUUCCAACAAUAGUAAUAGAGGAAACUUUGGAAGCACUUUUGGAGCCCAGAGUGGGUUUGGAAACAGGGGAGCGUUCGGAAAUAGAGGAGGUCCGCCAAAUAGAGGUGGGUUCGGAAACAGUGGCGGUUUUGGAAGUAGGGGUGGAUUCGGAAACAGUGGCGGCUUUGGAAGCAGAGGCGGCUUCGGUAACGUUGGCGGUUUUAACAGCCAAGACGGCUUCGGCAAUCAAGCUGGCGGCUACAGGAGAUACGGAAAUGACGUGUCUGACACCGGUGUCGAUGGUGGCGGAAACGCAUUCAGCAAUGAAGGUGGCUUCGGGAGUAAUGGCGGCAGUUUUGGUAGCGGAGGCGGUUUCAGAGGUGGCAGAGGCCCAAGACGUGGAAACAGAGGUGGAUUCAACAACAACAGGGGUUACGGCAAUGGGGGCAGUUUUAGCAACUACCCAAUCACGGGGAACUAUGGUGGUUGGGCA